GUUAUUCAGUUCUCUCGGCUAUCUUUACGCCGUUAGUUCUUUGUGCCUUUCACCAAUCAGUAAUUUAUUAUUCAGCUGAAACAUUUAGAAAUAAAAAAUAAUAAAAAGCAAUAUACGUUUUUUCGAAAAAAUACCUUUUAUGCUAUAACACAGCCUGUUGCUAAACAAGUAUAUGUUGGAUUAUUGUGGAAUAAGGUUUGGAUAAUUUUGGCAGGAGUCACGUUUUUCUAUAUUAUACAAAAGCAUUAUGUAAACUAUGAGUAAAUUAAAAUGAAACAUUUUAGUUUAAUCUUGUCGGUUUUAUUCUUAUAUAUAAAAAAAAAAGAAGCAAAAUAGCACCUGCUCUAAAUCAUGAGCUACAAAUUUCAUCAGUAAACCUCCUUCCACAGUGAGGGAAGACAGUGUUUCCUAAGUCAAGUACGCCCUCCCGUGGCCGCUCAGGCAAGUACAACAGCAACAGCUCGGCCACUAUCAAUCGCUCACAGAGAACAUCGAGUCUGAACGCUUGGAUCGAUCGCAGAACAACUCGAUGGCACGGACUCGUCGAAGUGUGUGUGUGUGCGUGUGUGAUUGAAUCAAGCAAGUCCAUCAGUUUCAUAUAAAGACUGAUCAACGACGCGAGCGCCUCCGUGUUCUUGAGGUGCCGCCGCCAGCUGUAACCGUCUCUGAACGGCGCGGAGAACAAGCGCGUUGCCGUCGCCACCAUCUUGUCCACAGCCGCGGUCAGGCACGCUGAGUUCAUCCCGGAUGCCGAGCGCAGCGAGCGGAGAGGACGGCUAAUCAAUCCGCAACAUCGUCAGCCAGUCUUGGUAAAGCGGGCUUGCGUGCCCGCUGCGUCCAGCCUUCAUUAUAUGCCAACUUGUUACAAAGGGGGCACCUUUGGUCCAGCGCGAACCCCGUAGUUCCCUGCGCCCGUGAUGGACUUCCCGUGGCACAGUGGGAAGGUCUUACAGCAGCUUGACCAUCAGCGUCAGCAGGGUCUCCUUUGUGACUGCACCUUCGUGGUGGAUGGGGUAGACUUCAAAGCCCAUAAGGCUGUGCUUGCAGCCUGCAGUGCUUACUUCCACACUCUCUUCCUGGAACAGAAGGAUGUCGUGCAUUUGGAUAUCAGCAAUGCUGCAGGUCUUGGGCAAGUCCUUGAAUUUAUGUACACGGCAAAGCUGACAUUGAACCCUCAGAAUGUAGAGGAUGUUCUGGCUGUGGCCACAUUCCUUCAGAUGCAAGAAAUCGUUAAUGCUUGCUCUGCUUACAAGUCCCUUGCUGUUCCUCCAACAUCUAAUAGUGGGCCAGAGGAGGGACAUCAGAGGCUGGUUAAGAAAGAUGAUGUUGCUUCUUCACUUGAGGGACAGGGCAGUCGCACUUUGGCCCAGAACGGGGCACCUGAGCCAGAUGAAGCUACCUUGUCAUCAGAGACCACAGGAGACCAUCACGCUAAGUGUAGCACUACUGAGCGACAAAGCACGGCGGCUCAAAGAGCAGGCGGUCGGGCGGGAAGACCGUGUGCCAGGCAGAAGAAAGCUGAAGUCUCCGUCACCAAGGCUGACAUGGAAGAGGAGAGUGCCACAAAGGAAGUCAUGGAAUAUCAGGAUGACCCUUCUGAUGCAGAUUACACACCCAAACUCUCACAGAGGGCUGCAGCGAGGAGAUCUUACGUGAGCACACGGAGAAGCAAAUCAAAAUAUGCUGCCCGGCGCCUGGCUGCUCAAGAUGAUUAUUCCAGUGGAGGGGAAGUGUGGAAAUCUGCAGCCGGGAAGAAUAAGGGGGAGGGGGAGGGGGAGGGUUCUGGUGAAGAGGAGCAGCUGGCACAGGAUGAAGAGCUGAUGGAUGCGGAGGAUGGAGCAGCAGAGGGUUGUGGUGAAGGGAAGUGUUUGAGGACUGGGGCCAUGGCAGAACGCAGCGAGUCCAGAGCGUAUGGCUCCGUCACACACAAGUGUGAGGUGAGGACUGCUGCAGCUCGGCAGGACUGUGGAAAGAAGUUUACUCACACAGGGAACUUUAAACGGCACAUGCGCAUUCACACGGGCGAGAAGCCCUUCAGCUGCCGAGACUGCAGCAAAGCCUUCUCUGACCCAGCUGCCUGCAAAGCACACGAAAAAACCCACAGCCCUCUGAAGCCCUACUGCUGUUCCACAUGCGGGAAGAGUUACCGGCAGAUCAGCCUGCUAAACCUGCACAGGAAGCGGCACACGGGCGAGGCGCGCUACAGCUGCGACGAAUGUGGCAAGCUCUUCACCACGUCGGGCAACCUGAAAAGGCACCAGCUGGUGCACAGCGGCGAGAAGCCGUACCACUGUGAUUACUGCGAGCGGGCCUUCUCCGACCCCACCGCCAAGAUGCGCCACCUGGAGACGCACGACACAGACAAGGGCCACAAGUGCCCGCACUGCGACAAGAAGUUCAAUCAGGUAGGGAACUUAAAAGCUCACAUGAAAAUCCAUAUCGCAGAUGGGCCUCUGAAGUGUAAAGAGUGCGGCAAGCAGUUCACUACUUCAGGGAACCUGAAGAGACACCUGCGAGUGCACAGUGGAGAAAAGCCCUUUGUUUGCGUGCACUGCCAGAGAGCCUUUGCUGACCCGGGUGCACUGCAGAGACAUGUGCGCAUUCACACAGGGGAAAAGCCUUGUCUUUGUCUGAUCUGUGGAAAAGGCUUCACACAGGCCAGUUCACUCAUUGCACAUGUGCGUCAGCACACUGGAGAGAAGCCAUACGUAUGUGACCGCUGUGGCAAAAGGUUUGUGCAGUCCAGCCAGCUUGCCAAUCAUAUCCGUCACCAUGACAAUAUACGACCCCACAAGUGCCAUACAUGCAAUAAAGCAUUUGUCAAUGUUGGAGACCUCUCCAAACAUAUCAUCAUCCAUACAGGGGAGAAACCGUUCCUGUGUGACAAGUGUGGCCGUGGCUUCAACCGCGUGGACAACCUCCGCUCCCAUGUUAAGACCGUUCACCAGGGCAAGGCAGGCAUGAAGAGACUGGUGGUGGCGGAGGAUGAUGAUGCUGAGGACAAGUUGCUCCCUGCCUCUGCCUCGGCCUCCGAGCUGGAGGAUAACGAAGUCAACAUCGUCACUGUCACCACGGACGACAUCGUGACAUUGGCUACAGAAGCACUGGCGGCCAGUGCUGUAGCACAGCUAACUGUGGUGCCUGUAGCAGCAUCUGUAUCUGCGGAUGAAACUGAGGCUCUAAAAGCAGAAAUCACAAAGGCAGUGGAGAAAGUUCAGGAGGCCGAUCCCAACACCCAGAUUUUAUAUGCGUGUGACUCGUGCGGCGAGAAGUUCCUGGACGCCAGCUCUCUGGCCCAGCACGUGCGCAUCCACACGGCCCAGGCCCUGGUCAUGUUUCAGGCGGACUCCGACUUCUACCAGCAGUACACGGCGGAUGGCGCUUGGCAGACUACCGAGCAGGUCAUCCAGGGGGGAGAGCUCCUGUUUCGGACACGGGAGGGUGAGGAAGAGACCACUGGUGGAGGUGGUGGUGGCAGCCAGGCUGAGACGGCCCAGUCUGAGCCUCAGGCUGAGGAAGGGGAGGCGGAAGAAGAGACUGUACAGAUCUGUGAAAGUGGAACACGGUGAGAAACGUAGGAGUGGUAAAGAUUAAUGGGGGUUAUAUAAUCUUUAGAAUUCUGGUUUUGAAAAUUUUGGCUAUGGCAGUGUAGUUGUAGCUAUGGCAACUAUGUGAGCAUUGGACACAGUAUACAUCAGAUGAAAUGUUAGAGGGCUGUUUUUUCAAGAUAAAUGCCUAAAUGCGUUUUGGGCUUGUUUUUAUAAAUUGGUUUAUUUGAAAAAAAUAAAUAAUAAAAAAAAAAUCUGGAACCAUAGCACAAGUGCAUGAUAUGAUAUGAAAUGUACAAUAAAACAUUUAGGUUAUAACGAAUUAUUUAAAACAAUUUGUUUUUAGAUAUGAAUGCACAUUUUUGUUCAAUGCAUAUUUUGCUGUCAUAAUUGUCAGACACUGAUAAAUGACAUUAAAUUACUAUACUGAAUAUUCUCAUAUUUUGACAUUGUGUAUUAAAUGGAUCAAGAUUUAUGCUGUCAGUGUAAAAAAGAAAGGAAAAAAAAACUUAUACUUUUCAUAAAAGCAAUACAAAACAAUGACUGGUAGUGAAUCAUUUAACUACAGUGUCCCAGUAUACAUUUUUCAGUGUUCCAGUAUA